CUAGGGUCUGGUCCUUUUUUGGUUCUGUAAGUGGGUGGAGGCAGAGGUUGACGAGGGCUAUAAAACUUAAACACACCAGGCAGGACCAGUGCACCAUCUCCGAGUGAACUACCCCGGCCAAAGCACCGACAAGACACAGCAAGGUUGACCAUGUGUGACGAGGAGGAGAGCACAGCGCUGGUCUGUGACAACGGCUCCGGGCUGUGCAAGGCUGGCUUCGCCGGGGACGAUGCCCCCCGCGCCGUCUUCCCCUCCAUCGUCGGCCGCCCCCGGCACCAGGGCGUCAUGGUCGGGAUGGGCCAGAAGGACAGCUACGUCGGUGACGAGGCACAAAGCAAGAGAGGCAUCCUCACCUUGAAAUAUCCCAUCGAGCACGGAAUCAUCACAAAUUGGGACGACAUGGAGAAGAUCUGGCACCACACUUUCUAUAACGAGCUGCGAGUAGCCCCAGAGGAACAUCCAACUCUGCUGACCGAGGCUCCCCUCAACCCCAAAGCCAACCGAGAGAAGAUGACCCAGAUCAUGUUCGAGACCUUCAAUGUGCCGGCCAUGUACGUUGCCAUCCAAGCCGUGCUGUCACUCUACGCCUCCGGCCGAACCACCGGUAUUGUACUUGACUCUGGAGAUGGUGUUACCCACAACGUGCCCAUCUACGAGGGCUAUGCCCUACCCCACGCCAUCAUGCGCCUGGACCUGGCGGGCCGUGAUCUCACCGACUACCUCAUGAAAAUCCUCACUGAACGUGGCUACUCCUUCGUCACCACAGCUGAACGUGAGAUUGUCCGUGACAUUAAGGAGAAACUCUGCUACGUGGCCCUGGACUUUGAGAACGAAAUGUCCACCGCUGCCUCCUCAUCCUCUCUGGAGAAGAGUUACGAGCUGCCGGACGGCCAAGUCAUCACCAUCGGCAACGAACGCUUCCGCUGUCCCGAAACACUCUUCCAACCUUCCUUCAUUGGGAUGGAGUCUGCUGGCAUCCAUGAAACCACGUACAACAGCAUCAUGAAGUGUGACAUCGACAUCAGGAAAGAUUUAUAUGCCAAUAACGUGCUGUCCGGUGGGACCACCAUGUACCCUGGCAUCGCGGACCGCAUGCAAAAGGAAAUCACUGCCCUGGCUCCCAGCACCAUGAAAAUCAAGAUCAUCGCCCCUCCCGAGCGCAAGUACUCGGUCUGGAUCGGCGGCUCCAUCCUGGCCUCCCUCUCCACCUUCCAGCAGAUGUGGAUUAGCAAGCCUGAAUACGAUGAGGCCGGUCCAUCUAUUGUGCACCGCAAAUGCUUCUAAUCCUCCCCUUCCUCCUUCUCCUAU